ACACACCAACACACAUCCACGCGUGCACCGGCAAACAUAUGGAGUACUACUGCUUCCUCCUGCUCUGGAUCUGCAGCCAGCAGCUAGAAUUCCUCGACUGCUUCAACAUCGACACAAAGAAACACAGGAUUAUCAAAGGCCCGAAACAAGCCCAGUUUGGAUACACAGUUCAGCAACACAUGGCUGCGGGAGGAGAGAAGUGGUUAUUGGUGGGUGCUCCAUAUGAAAUGAAUGGUCCUUACCAAACAGGAGAUGUUUAUAAAUGUUCACUGAACAGAAGAACCAAUGGGAAUGGUUGUUCCAAGCUAAACCUAGGAAGGAUAUCUCUGACCAACGUAUCAGAGAGAAAGGACAAGAUGAGGCUGGGAAUGACGCUUACAACUAACCCUAAAGACAACAGCUUUGUGGCCUGUGGGCCUUUAUGGUCUUAUGAGUGUGGCAGCUCAUAUUACAGCACUGGCAUAUGCUCCAGAGUCAAUGCCAGCUUCAAGUUCUCCAGGACGAUAGCUCCUGCCUUUCAGAGAUGUGAGACAUAUAUGGACAUAGUCAUCGUCCUGGAUGGCUCAAACUCCAUCUACCCCUGGUAUGAAGUGCAGGCUUUUCUCAUCAACAUUCUGCAGAAGUUCUACAUUGGACCAGGUCAAAUACAGGUUGGAGUCGUUCAGUACGGUGAGAAGGUCGUCCAUGAGUUCAAACUCAGUGACUUUAAAUCUGUUGAAGAGGUGGUGAAAAGAGCUCGCAACAUCAACCAACGAGGUGGAGAGGAGACCAACACAGCUCUGGGCAUCAACACAGCACGCUCAGAAGCUUUCAAACAAGGAGGGCGGCGUGGUGCCAAGAAGGUGAUGAUAGUGAUAACUGACGGAGAAUCACAUGACAGUGCUGACCUCCAGCAAGCCAUUGAGGACAGCGAGAAGGAUGGCAUCACCCGCUACGCUAUUGCUGUCCUUGGCUACUACAACCGCAGAGGCAUCAACCCAGAGGCCUUCCUCAACGAGAUCAAGUACAUCGCCAGCGACCCAGACGACAAACACUUCUUUAAUGUGACGGAUGAGUCAGCGCUGAAGGAUAUUGUGGACGCACUUGGAGAACGCAUCUUCAGUUUGGAAGGAACCAGUAAGAAUGGGACAGCGUUUGGCCUCCAGAUGUCUCAGGCUGGAUUUUCUGCACACAACGUCGAGGACGGGAUUCUGGUGGGUGCUGUCGGCGCGUAUGAUUGGAACGGAGCGGUGCUGAAGGAAACACGACAGGGGAAGGUGGUCCCUCCCAAGUCUUCUUACGCACAGGAGUUUCCAGAAGAGCUCAAAAACCACGGUGCCUACCUAGGUUACACCGUGACAUCUGUGGUGUCUGCCAGAAAUGGCCGUCUACUCGUGGCCGGAGCCCCACGGUUUAACCACACCGGCAAAGUCAUCAUCUUCACUCUGACGAACUCGGGCAACCUCGCCAUCCUACACUCCCUGAAAGGACAGCAGAUCGGCUCUUAUUAUGGCAGUGAGAUUGCACCUGUUGAUAUCGAUGGAGACGGGAUUACUGACAACCUUUUGGUGGCAGCACCCAUGUUUUUCAGCGGUGGCUUGGAGAAGGGGAAAGUCUACAUCUACAGAGUGACAGAGAUGAACCGUUUCAUCCUGGAGGGGUCAUUGGAAAUCCACAAUGGAGGUCAGAACGCCCGCUUUGGCUCCUCGCUUGCUCCUGUCCCUGAUCUGAAUGGUGACGGCUUCAAUGACUUGGUGGUGGGAGCGCCGCUGGAGGACGACCACAAAGGAGCCAUUUAUGUUUUUUUCAGCCAGCAAAACAGAAUACUGCGCAAAUAUAAACAGAGAAUAGCUGCAGCAGAUCUGGCUCCUGGCCUGCAGUACUUUGGCCGCAGCAUCCAUGGCACAAUGGACAUGAACAAUGACGGUUUAGUGGACCUGGCAGUGGGCUCUCUUGGUGCUGCUGUUCUCCUCUGGUCCCAGAGCGUUGUCCGAAUAUACACCAGUGUCAGAUUUGAGCCCAGUAAAGUCAACAUCUUUGUGAAGGACUGUCAGCGAGGUGGCAAAGACGUGACCUGCAUGUCAGCCAUUGUGUGUUUCAACAUCACUGCCAGGACAGCCAUCCCUCCCACACAGGAAAUUGGGAUCAAGUACAACGUCUCUAUUGCGGAGAGGCGUUUCAAUCCUCGGGCCGUACUGGACAACCCGAACAAGCUGCAGCCUCAAAACCUGACGCUUCUUCCUGGAGAGGAAAUCUGCGAGCACAUCUAUUUCCAUGUCAUGGAGACCACAGACUAUGCAAGGCCCAUAGUGUUUACUGUACAAGUGGGGCUCCAAGAUCCAGAUAAAGAGCCAGUCCUGGAUGACAGCUGGCCUACUGUUCUGAGGACUGAGCUGCCCUUCUGGAACGGCUGUGACGAAGAUGAUCGCUGCAUACCGGAACUGGCUUUGCAGAGUAUGACCGACCUGAUGACACCAAAUCUUUUCUGCUCACAGCCCAUUCAGUCGCGUAGUGCUUUUUGCCGCCAUGUAAGUGAAGUUGGGAGCGAAGGAUCUCUGAGGGUUGUGGAGGCGCACAGGAGGAGGAUGGUAGUGGACGUCCGAUUAGAGAACAAAGGAGAGAACGCCUACAAUACUCGUCUAAAUAUCUCCUACACGCCCAAUCUGCGCUUCUCUAGCCUCAUAGUAAAGGACACUUCUGAAAUCAAAAUAGAUUGCUAUGUGGAGGACAAAAUGAGGAAUGAGAAGCUCUGCAAUAUCAGCGCGCCAUUCAUGAGGGCCAAAACUCAGGUAACAUUUCGUCUGGAGUUGGAGUUCAGUCGGACAGUUGUCCUGGAGCAUGUCAGGAUUAUCCUGGAGGCUGAAAGUGAUGGUGAAGAAGAGACUACAUCAGAUAACUUCAACAGCAUUUAUUACUCACUGAAGUAUGAAGCAGACCUGCUUUUCACAAGGGAUUCAAAUCCGACCCGCUAUGAUAUCAAAUCGGAGCUGUCCCUGGAGGAGCCCGGAGUCAUCGGCCCUCCUUUCAACUUCACGUUCCAGAUUCAGAACCUUGGGUACUUUCCAGUGAAGGAUCUGCAGCUGAACAUCGAGAUUCCAGAAAUGACUAAAAAUGGGAACCAACUCCUGCAGAUAUCUGACUUUUACAUCGACCAGAGAGACGGCUCACAUUGUUUACCACCUCAGCAUGUGGCGCAGAGCAGAGCGUCAUCUGAGGAUCUUACACGCUUCUCCCGCUUGAAUCGAUCCAACACCCUGACUCUGCCAGUCCAGUGCUCUGUCACUGUGGCCUCAUACAGAGAAAUCGCAGUCAGAAUCGCCGGAGCUCUAAGAAUAGAUACCUUACAUGCACUGAAGUUUAAAAUCUUGGAGCUGGUUACCAGUGCAUCAGUGGAGCUCCCCUCCUCCAGUUCCAUGUUCCUACAUGAAGAGAGACCUGUCAGACAUAUUGUCUUGGAGAUCAGGAAGGAGGGAGAUUACAGGAUUUCUAUCUGGAUUAUCAUCGGCAGCACGCUGGGAGGACUAUUAUUGUUAGCCCUGCUCAGUCUCGCUCUGUGGAAGCUUGGAUUCUUCCGGAGGCAGAAGCGGAGAGACGAGGACGAGCAGGGGGCAAACGGAAAGGUGGCGGAAGAGCGGUAACGCAGGCUGAGGGCCCCCCAGCACACACCUUUUCCACAAGGGGACCCGACACUCAGGGACCAACCCACCUCCCCGCUGCUCCCCAACAACACAGUGGCACUGCAAAGACGGCUCCGCAUGAUCGCUGAAGAAAGGCUCAUUCAGUGCACUGGAUCUGUCCCACGCCACCACCCCUGACCCCCCGAGAGUCAGCACUGUCACACUCACUUAGCAUUCCUGCACUGCUGCGACAUUAGGGCCUCCUUUGUAAUCCACUGCCCUUCAUGUCGUAAAUGUCUUCAUCUUCGAGCUCUGUCUUCAGGCUGGAGCUCUGAUUUCUGGGCAUCUGAAAAUGAGAAUGGAGUGUCUAUUUAAGAUUUUCAGGCCCUUGAGGCAAGCGUUAGCCAAUCACUCUUUCAUUUUCUCCUGAUGUAUAUUUAUUUAACUCUUGAUGAUAAAUUUUGAAAUACAUGAAAAACCUCAAGGGUGACUUUCCACCCAAAAGCUACCACAAAUGUAAAGUUACUUUAUUGUAUAUUGAAUUCGAUGUUUAAAUGAUAUUAUCUGCAACAUAUUCUGCUCAUUUGCAUUAUAAUUUAUUAAAAAUCGAAACCGAAGAAGCCACAGUACAAAAAAAGACUCACAACGCUUCACUUACAGAGACUUUUCUACAAAGAAGAAUCUUCUACAUCUGAUUUCACUCCUUUUCUUUAAAUAUUUUCAUCCUGGAAAUCAUUCAGGAUGAGCUUUAAACAUUUGAUGCACUUUUACUUUGUACAAAAUUAACUUGAAUUUUGUAAAUAGUCAAGUACCUUUUUAUACGCCUUCCAGUAUUAUAAUAGUUUCAGUAUUUUCCACAUUGUUUGUGGCAUUACUUUGUAACUUAAAGAGACUAAAUGAAUCUGAACGGCUUUGUGUCACUGACUGUUAUGAGACAUUGCAUGCCUUUUUAACAUGCACUGCAUCAGAGCGAAAGAAUGUGCAUAAGAUACUGCAGGCAACAUGGAUUCAAACUGAGUCGUUUUUAUAAAGAACUGUAACUAAAUGAUGAUCAGAUACAUAAAGAUGGGUAAAGUAAUGCACAUUGCUCACAGCAAG